AUGGCGGCGCGGGCUCCGCCCCGAAGCAGGACGCCUGCCGCGGCCCCACAGGCCGACGCGUCCCGGGAGGCGGGGCCGGCGAGGGCCCGGCUCUCCCGGCGGAGGGCGCGGGGUCCCGGCUCCUCAGAACCCCACGACCGGCCGUGUCCACCCCCGAAGGCGCGCCCGGCGGGCCGGGGCCGCUGCUCCCCUGCGUCCCGGCCCUGCGUCCUCCGCGCCCCGCCCGCCCGCCCGGGAGGCCCGAGCCCGCCGCUGCACGUCGCACGUCCGCACGUCCGCACGUCCGCACGUCCGCACGUCGCGCCUCGCAUGCCCGCGCCGCUGCCCUCACGCGUCACGGGCCUCACCGACGUCGCACGUUCGGACGUCACGUGUCUGCGGCCGCCGUCGCCGCGCUGGCCAGGGCCCGCCCGCCUCAUGGGCGCCGCGCCAGCCCGCGCGCCCCUGAUGCUGCUGCUGCUGCUCCCGCCCCCCGCCGCCUGUGGCCAGCGCGGCCUGCCGGGGAAGGUCGUGGGCGGCGCCGACGCCCCCGAGAAGAGGUGGCCCUGGCAGGCGAGCGUGCACUACCUGGGCCUGCACGUCUGCGGCGCGUCCGUCAUCCACGCGUACUGGGUGCUGUCGGCGGCCCACUGCUUCGGCCGGCACAUGAACAUCAGGUCGCUUGACGUGUACGUAGGCCUGGUGGACCUUAGGGUCGCAGGCAGUCACACUCAGUGGUUUGAGGUGCACCGGGUGAUCCUGCACCCCACGUACGAAAUGUACCACCCGGUUGGAGGUGACAUCGCUCUGGUGCAGCUGAAGUCUGGCAUCGUGUUUUCUGACGCUGUGCGCCCCAUCUGCCUCCCACCGCCAGACGUGAACCUUCUUAACCUUUCUUGCUGGGCCACAGGAUGGGGACUCAAAUCCCAGAAAGGCGAGACCUCAGACAGGCUCCAGGAGGUGCCCCUGCCCCUGAUCUCAGUGUUCCUGUGCCAGCAGCUCCUCGGCCACCACUCGUACAUCCUGCCAGACAUGCUGUGUGCAUGGGACCUCGGGAAGACACGGACAGUGUGUGAGGGUGACUCGGGAGGCCCGCUCGUCUGUGAAUUCAACCACAGCUGGAUGCAGGUCGGCGUGGUGAGCUGGGGGCGCGGCUGUGCGUACCCCAUGUACCCGGCCGUCUUUGCGCGCGUCUCCUACUUCUCGAUGUGGAUCCACCGUCAGAUCGCGCGCUUGCCCCUGCCCCCUCAGCCCCUCCCAGCGUGUGCCUGCGCUCCCAGGGCCACGCUCACCAUCCUGGUGACCAUGCUGGCCAUCGGGUCAGUGUGCUAGGGCCAAGCACCACCCCGCCCUCUCAGUGCGGGCCUUCGCGACCUGCCCCUGCCCAGUCCAUCCACCAAGGCUUGGGACACUGAGCCAGGGGAGGGCUGCGAGCCGGGCCCAGACUCAGGGCUGGGAAGGGCUGGCCGGGGCCACAGCAAGAGGGCAGAGGCUGGCCUGGGCAGAGGCUGGCCUUGCCAGAGGAGGUCCGGGGUGCCCAGGGCAGGCAGGACAUCUUGGUGCCUGUGAGCUAGCAAGACAGUAAAUAAAGCAAGUGCCCCAGAAGCCCCACACCCAUUUUUCUACCCCAGUGCCGGUCGGUGGCUCCUGCAGCCUGCCUGCCCCUGUCAACGGCCCCAGUAGGCGGCAGGACAAAGGGCCCAUGCCCCACGCAGCUGUGGGCCCUGCUGCCCUAGGAGCCCUGCAGAGGGCCAGUCGUGGCCCCACCGCUCCCAGGCCCUGUCAGAGAGGUGCAGGCACCAGAGCCCCAGCUGAAAGCCCCACACAAGCGGACACGAGGCACAGCUAGGGCUGAAGGCCACAGCAGAGGCUCAGCCCGCCCUGCAGCCCUGGAGGCGUGAACUGUCUGGACUCUGAAAAAAUAGUUUAAAGUGGAAAAAAAAAAAAAAAAAACACUGACCAAAAUAUAAAACCAUAGGGAGAACAGGAAACAAGAGGCGACCAGGUUAGUCCCUCAACACCAAACAUCUCUCUCACAAGAGCACUUCCGUGCUCCGUGCAUUUAAAAAGUGAAAAGUUUCACUUUUUAGGAAAUAAAUUAUUUACCGUACCUAACCCCAGGAGUGCUGGAAAUAGACAAGCUCAUCACAGAAACCGGGAACCUGUGAGCCCCCCCGACACCUGGUCAGCGGUCCCUAUCUGUGGGAAACUCCUUCACAUUUGAGUUGAGCCCUAGGCCGAGGCUUCCUCA